CAGCGUUCUUGACGAGAUCGGUUGAGCGCUGACUGAAGUCGACAAUAUUACUUUGUUCACGUCGAUCAUCACAGCAAAUCUCGACGCUGAGGACACGAUGAAUCGCAGUCUGUCAGAAGAGCAACCGACGCGGAGAGGCAUAUGUGCCUUCUUCAGAAGGAAACUGCAGGCUUUUAAAGGCCUUGCGAGCAACGGAGUGCAGCAUCGUCUGGAUGACCCGCUGCCCGGUGAGCCAGUCGUGGCCGAACCUCAGCCCGAGGUCGAUUUAACCGGCCCGACUAAAGUGCCACUUGAGUCCAUGUAUGACUUACAUGGGAAGAAGCUGCGGGAGGGCUUUCUUGUGGCUACUCGGAGAUCCGACGGCCAAGAAGUCUUGCUCAAUGUUUUUCCCAGGAAGCCGAAACACAAAGUUUUUUUUCCUGGGUACCGGAGCACCAUUGACAAGAGAGUGGCCUGGAAUGUGCUGCUCUCACGACGAGAGAGAAGCCAGCAUGUGCAACAGCUGCAUCGCUGGUUCGAGGGACCAAAAAAAAUGGUCCUUGUGUAUGAAAAUCUCUCCACGAGCUUGGAGAAAUACGUCAUGAAGAGCGGUGGUAAACUGUGUGAAGCCGAGGCUCGGGGCCUAGUCAAACAGGCGGCUGAGGGAGUUAAACACUCCCUGGACCACGGCAUAUUUCACGAGACUGUCUUCGACACAAACUUCUUCAUAGAAGAGAAGACCAAAAUUCUGAAAUUAAGCCUCUCUGGCGAUGUGAAGCGCAUCCCCAGCGUCCAUGAAAUCAGACAAUUCAAGGGACGAGCCACGGUCCUUCAAAAGCUGGCGACAGACAGAUGCUACGCAGAAUUUACAGCUGUUUGGCAUCUCGGCGAACUGGCAUAUGAGAUGAUUUAUGGUCACGAGAAAAAAAAGGGCAAAGAACCCAAGCUGGACUCCAGUUUAUCCAGAGAAUGUCGUGACUUCAUCAGCAAGUGCUUGAAGAGAAAUCCACUGCACAGAAUUAGUCUGUAGGAAUUGAUGGCACAUGAGUGGAUAAAUGGAGUCGAGGAAGGCCCAUCAGACCCAGAUGUGUCUGAGCCUGUCCCAGGUCCAUUUCAUGUGGGACACACGGCUGAGGUCGAGUUACCUGGGCCAACUACAGCGCCACUUGAUUCCAUGAAUCAAGGAAAUGAAAAGCAGCUGUUCGAAGGAGCGUUCAUGAUGACUCGAAAAUCUGCUGGCAGAAAAGUCAUCAUGAAAGUUCUGACCCAGGAUGCCGAAGGAGCGACGCAUUCUUUGUCCUGGGUUCAGGAGGACUGUUGAUGUUCGACAGAUAAAUCUGUUGAGACAGAAAGAGGCAUCCUGAGGUAGAGGUAACGUAAGUUAAGUAAGAAAAGGCAAGUCUUUGGUAAUUCUCUGUUAAGAUAAGAAACAUUAGAAAUAGUAUUUUACAGUAUUUUUAUUAAUCUGCAUUUAAAAAAAGCAUGUAGUAUGUACAGAAGUAAAUGUAAAUUCUCUAUUAAGAUAAGAAACAUUAGAAAUAGUAUUUUAUAGUAUUUUUAUUAGCCUGCAUUUAAAAAAGCAU